ACCUUACAAAAAGAAAAGUAGCCUUCAAUUCGAACCCACUUUUCUUGGAUCGACAAGGGGUCUUUAUUAUAUACAGUACAAGCACUAAGUUGCAAAGAAAACUUUUGCUUGAUAAUCUUUUACUUUUUAUUAUCCGAGCUUAGGAGCAAUGCAAUCGCAAGCAGUUCAUAUGAUGAUCUUAUUCUUAUUGCUUCUGUCGGUAAAUAUAUAUACAGCACAAGUAGUUCCUCGGAUGGCAAAGUAUGGUUGCCAAGAGUAUUGUGGAGACGUCCUCAUCCCAUACCCUUUUGGAAUUGGAUCUAACAAACAUUGCUACUUAGACGACUGGUUUGAAAUGGACUGCAGCAACCAGUCUUCUAAAACUACCAGCUCUGCUCCUCAUUACAAGCUUGUUUUGAAGCGAGCCCAACUGGAGGUGCUGAAUAUUUCUAUUAGAGGCACGCUUCGGGUGAACAGCCCCGUUACCAAAUUCUGCAACGGAAAUGGAAGUAGCCAAAUGGCCGAUUUGACCGGCAGCCCUUUCGUCUACUCUCAGGAUAAAAACAGAUUCACUGCAGUUAGCUGCGGCUUCCUUGCCGGGAUGGUAUCAGCAGAGUUUGUGGUUGGUGGCUGCCGGUCAGUUUGUGAUCAUAAAAAGUCUGCUUCCUGUGAUAUUGGUAUCAACUGUUGCCAGACUACCAUUCCUCCAUAUCUCACUAUGAUAGGCGCUUCCAUUCUAUACCAAGGCGAAACUCGAGACUCCAGCUGCGACGACUAUGCGUUUCUGGUUGACAAGGAUUGGUUUGAGAGAUCGUCUUCUGCUCAUGCAAUCAAGAGUAGAAGGCACGUUCCUGUGGUGCUAGAAUGGAAUAUAAUCAACUAUACUUCUUCACUAGCAAUAUUUGGAAGCUACGUUACAAACUAUUCUUUUGAUCCAUAUUAUUAUUAUAAUUUCAAUUAUCAAGGUACACCAUACUGCCUUGGCUCCACUGCUUUGGAUUACAACAAUCGCUCAACGCUUUCUUGUUACUGCCCAGAUGGCUUUGAAGGAAAUCCCUAUCUUCUUGAAACUUGUCAAGAUAUUGAUGAAUGCAUGAUUGGUCAUAAUCGAUGCGGGCCCCACAGCAAGUGUGUGAACGCUCCUGGUUAUUACGUUUGCGUUGACAAAAAGAAAACUAAAUUGAUCCUUAUUAUAGGUCUUGGUGCUGGUCUUGGACUGUUACUUUUGCUUAUCAGCGCAUGGUUGGGAUACAGAUUCCUAAAGAAACGCCAUACCAUGAAACGCAGGGAGAUGUUCUUCAAGCGAAAUGGUGGAUUAUUAUUAGAGAAACAAUUGUCGUCAGGUGAAGUUAAUGUUGAGAAAAUCAAGCUAUUCAAAUCGAAGGAGUUGGAGAAGUCCACUGACAAUUUCAAUACUGAUAGAAUUCUUGGCCAGGGAGGCCAAGGUACUGUUUAUAAAGGCAUGCUGACUGAUGGAAGAAUUGUUGCUGUGAAAAAAUCUAAAAUAGUGGACGAAAGCCAACUUUCAGAUUUCAUCAAUGAGGUUGUCAUUCUUUCACAAAUCAACCACAGAAAUGUCGUUCAACUAUUGGGUUGCUGUUUAGAGACGGAGGUUCCCAUUUUGGUUUAUGAAUUUAUACCUAACGGAAACCUUUCCCAGUAUAUCCAUGAGCAGAAUGAGGAGUUCCCACUUACAUGGGAAGUUCGCUUACGAAUUGCCAUAGAAAUUGCAGGAGCUCUUUCCUACAAUGCAGCUUCCUUUCCCAUUUAUCACAGAGACAUCAAGUCUGCCAACGUACUUUUGGACGAAAAAUACAGAGCAAAAAUUGCUGAUUUUGGAACUUCAAGAUCAAUUUCCAUUGACCAAACUCAUCUAACCACAUGUGUACAUGGAACAUUUGGUUACUUGGACCCAGAGUACUUUCAAUCAAGCCAAUUUACGGAGAAAAGUGACGUGUAUAGCUUUGGAGUUGUCCUUGUUGAGCUCUUGACAGGGCAAAAACCAAUUUCUUUUAGAAGGUCACAAGAAGAAGGCAAAAGUCUUGCCACAUACUUCAUUACUUCGAUGCAGUUAGAUCGCCUGUUUGAAAUUCUUGAUGCUCAAGUUGUAAAAGGAGGGUCUAAAGCAGAUAUCAUAUUAGUUGCUGACCUUGCAAGAAGAUGUUUGAAUUUGAGUGGAAGAAAGCGCCCUACAAUGAGAGAAGUCACAGCAGAGUUAGAGGGGAUUCAAAUGUCAGAAAAAACUUCUAAUGGUGGAGAAAACUAUGAAGAGGUUGAAUAUGUUAGGACUGACUCAAUUGAGCCUUGGGAUGUUGCUUCAAGUUCAACGGGAACAGGGCCAGGUUUGGAUGGUGGUCCUUCUUCAUCGUUACAUGAAAUUCCGCUAUUACCUUACAAGUCAUGGUGAACAUUAAUAGUAAUAUUGUAAUGCAUGUUCCAUAUAUGUUAUGUGUUGCUCCUUUUCUGAACUUUUCCGGUCAGAAUGUGAGUGCAGUUUUAACUUCCAAUCCAGAAGGUCAUAGGUGAGGUCUGGCUGAUUAGCUACACUGCCUGAUGACUAUUUCAACACAAAUCACUGGAUACAUAAAAUUCAUUUUGACUAGAGCAACAGGGUAUUUGAAAGUGUUAGACUUUGAAAUUUUUAGUUGGAUCAAGAGAAAUUGGUUUGGAGAGUA